AUGGGGAAUCUACUUAAAAAGUUUAAACCUAUCCCGGCAGAUUAUACGAUCAAUGGCGAUGUUCAUACAAGCCAUGACGUAGACUUGACCGCUGAUACGAACCAUGAAUUUACUGGAAACUUUAACUCACAGCAUGACAUCAACAUCAACGCGGACCCGCUAUCGCUCCAAGGACACAUUUCAGCCGACACAGAACACCACGAAACAAACGAGAUACGGGUUAGCACUUUUGAAAAUGAAAACUAUGGCUUGUUCGCCCUCAUCGCCUUUUUCCUGACAAUCAUUUUGGCUAUAAUUCUUUUGCGAAGAGCAAGCUGCUGCAACACGGAUAAAACUCAAUCGAGACAAAGUGAUGAAAGCGCUGAAGAUGCUCCACCAAGCUACAAUUUCUUCGAUAAAUUUUCGAGAACCAACAAGUCUGGCAACCUAUUACUGCCGAAAUACUGUGGCAUCCGCUACUAG